UGUUUACAUAUGCAUAUACUAACAAGCUUGAUUAACUGUUUUAUAAAAGGUAUUAAUUUUAGUAAAAUCGUGUUACCUUUAUAAAGACAGCUGGCACGCAAUCUAAUGUGAAAAGCAAUACAUUGAUCUUUGUUUUACGUGAAGCACCAAGGAGAAAUCAUGACGUUUGCUUGUCCGAGCAUCAGAAUGUUUCACUUCCGGAAGAACUUUACUAUUUUUUCUACAAAAUAUUCCCUAACUUUUAUAGAGUAAAACGUCAUUAUAAAAAAGUAAGAAUUGUUUGUAGAAUAUUCGAGUAUUCGCCAAUGUAAUAAGAAAAAUUCAGAAUUGAAUAGAUCUCCUAUAAAAAUGAAUUUUGACUCUUAUUAAAUGGAAAAUCCACUCGAAUAAUUACACAAGUUCAGUUUUUACUCUUCGAUAUUUAAAGACUACACUGAAACUUCAUAAUAGAGCACGGUUCAAAGCUGUUUAUUAUAACUGUGCGUCCCCCACUUUACUCUCAAACGAUGAAAACUAAGAAACGCGCCAAACGCAGUUGCAUCGUUGUCCCCACAUGAUACGCAUGUGCGACAAUAAUACGUAUGAAAAUGCAUAUGGAAGGGGUUUCUUGCGCUAUUUCUUCAAGAUAAUCUAAUAAAAGGUUUCAGUAUAUUCUGUAUCGCGAAGAGAUCUAACGUAAUCAACAUCUUAUUUGUAAAAUACGUUAAGCAAGAAGAUAUGUCGGCAAAAAUCAAGAAAAAUGCUCAAAAUCAAGUUGAAGACAUUUCGUCCUCCAUAGAGCACAUCUUACGUCCAAUAACGUACACUUCCUGGCUCUUGGGCGUCGGCGUUGCUCGUCCGCGAAAGUGUCCCAUAGCUACAACAAUAAUCAUACGAAUUCUUCAUCUGGCCGCAUGUACCGUUUACGUGGUGUACGGUGUAAAAACACUCAUCAAUUCUGGUAAUGUCUUUGCCGACAGCGUCAUAUUGAAGUUCACACAUUUAAUGAACAUAGUGACGUUCUACGUAUCGACGUAUUAUAACAUUUGUCACGGGAUCAGAUUCUAUAACAAGUGGCCGGAGCUGAUGGACAAAAUAAAGGAGCUUGAUCAGAAGAUCGAGAGGGAAACGCCUAUAAAUAAUCGGCCAAUAAUAAUUUUGGAAGCACUAGCGUUUCUGAUGACGAUCGCUUGGUGUCCUUUGUACCUAACUGUGCAUGUCCUGUAUUACUACUUUAUAAAUCCAAAGGACAUUUGCGUGUCUGACAUUCUGUUCUAUUACAUGAUGGCCCAGUUCUUGAUUGCCAACUUCGUUUUUAACAUUGUCGUCUACGUGCUUUGUUAUAGAUUUAAAACAAUAAAUAACUUGAUACGUCAGUUGAACGAGCUGUCUGAUGCGUCACAGAUGGUGUCCAAGAUAAAACGCAUCAGAGAAUUGCAUAUCGGUAUUUGUCAUCUGGUCAGCAUGAUAAACGAUAUUCACGGCCGUCAUCUUAUUUUUUGUUCGGCAAACAGCUUUGCCAUGGUUGUGUCUUCAUUAUUCCUAACAUACACGAGUAUUAUGAAGGAAAACUACUCGUAUUUUUUGGUAGAUAAUAUCAUUUGGAUAGAGUAUACCAUACAAUUUGGUCUGAUGUGCUGGAUUUGCACACUUACGCAUCAAGAAUCUGACAAAAUCGGAGAAUCCAUAUGCGAAAUUGUACUAACUUGUGAACUUAUGAAUCCUGAUAAGAUGAACGAGACGAGCAAUCAAGCGAAUCUAGAGUGUCCGCCAUUUGAAGACCCGGAUAGCAAGCAAAAUUCUAGCAGCAGUAACAAUUUGAAUUACGUCGUCUUGGAAAAUCUCUUGCGCAAAAACUUGGAUCGCGACUGUAUCAGAAACGAGAUGAAUGAUUUUAGAAUUCAACUGCAACAGUAUCAAGUAGCAUUUACGGCUUGCGAUUUCUUUGAAAUGAACAAUGCUCUCUUCGCUGGUUUCAUCGGAAUCGUUAUUAGUUAUCUAACAGUCUUUAUUGAAUUCUACGAUCAUCCCGAAAGUAUGGACAAAAACGCAACAAUGAAAUUAUUUUGAGGUUUUUGGAGGUGCCAAAUUUUUAAACAUUUAAAUUUUUGUAAAAUUAAAAAAAUCAAUUUUGUUUAAUGAAGUACAAUACAUACACAACCAUUUAUGAAUGAAUUAAAUUUUAUUAUCUGAAUUCUUUUAUUUAGCAUGUACCGUUGAACAUUAAAUUAGGAAGGCUAUAAAUGGCCAAAAUUAGGCUAAAACGAAUAUCUAUAAAACAUAAGUAGUUAUCAUGUUAAGAAACAUUCAUGAAAAAUAGUGAUUCACCCAGAAAAUGUUGGGAAAUGUUCCAAAAAUAAUAAAAUCGGUUAUUUGGAUGCCUUCCAAUAUACAUAUACUAUAUAUAUAAUAUAUAUAAUAUAUAAUAAUAUAUAUUUGUGGGUUUUUCUGGUAGUUAUUCUUGCAAUAUUUAAUAGUGCAACAUGUAUUAAGUGUAAAUACAUUCUUAAUUUUCAAAUCUAUCAUUUAUUAGAAAUAAAACAAGUUUCUUUUGCAAAGUGUUUAAAUAUUCUAUUUUACUACAUAUGAAAGAUUUUCCGACAUUUUCUGAGUAAAUAAGCUUUUUCUACAUAAAUGUAUGUCCUCUCAAAAUAAUAACUGCAAAGGUUUCAAAGGUAUCUAUUUUGGCCAUUUUUAAACUCCCUCCUUUUCUUCUUUACAUUUGUAUGUAUCAAACAUGAUAAAUAUUUAUUUUAUUAGACUUGAAUAAUUUCCUAAAAUUGUGUUACGUUUGCGGUGAGCAAUCGAAAGUUCGCAAUCUAAUAUUGCAGAAAUUUUUAUGUCACUUGUAAACCGAUGCAAUCAAUAAAGUCAUUAUUAUUAUUAUUAUUAAAUUUCAAAGUAA